AUGGAGAUGGUCCUCAUCUUCACCUUCUGCCUGAUUCUAGCUGGUACUGAUGCUGUAACUACAGUAACUGGAUACAGAGGACGAUCAGUUCAGAUUAAAUGUUACUACACAUCUGGAUAUGAAAAGAACAACAAGUAUCUCUGCAGAGGUAAAUGUCCCACCUGGGACCUUAUAGAUGUUCCUGUUCAGUCUGGAUCUCCUGAUAAAGACCCCAGAUUCUCUCUGUAUGACGACACAACAGCCAAAGUCUUCACCGUCACCAUCACUGAUCUGACAACAAGGGAUGAAGGAACUUACUGGUGUGGGAUAGAGCAGAUAGGGUAUGAUAAAUACACAGAGAUUCUACUGCUGGUUAAAACGGAUGCUCCUACCAUCAGUGCUGUGUCAUACACCACACACACCACUUCAACACAGUCCAUGAGUCCAUCAGUGCAUGCUGAGAAUACACAUUCAAGUUCAACUAAUCCACUGAAUGAUGAUAAUAAUACAGUUUCUCUUCCAAGAAUAUCAAUUUCACCUAUCAUCAGUGCUGUGUCUGUGGUACCGGUGCUGCUUCUCUUUGUCCUUUUAAUCAUUAUCACCAUACAGAGGAAAAAGAAGACCCGAGGUCCCCAGCAUCAGAACGUGCAGAAUCCAAGAUCCCUGACACACAAUCAGACACAUCAGAGUGUGCAUCUGUGCAAUGUGAGCUGCUUCCCGCAAAUCUCUUCUCAACCUGGAGACAAAAUCUUUGCAAUCUACCACAUCCUCAUUGAGAAGCACAUUUUGAAACAGGACGUCAAUGGGAAGACGAGGAACUCUGCCAAACAUAAGAAAGAAUGGCGCAAAACCUGUUGUCUCAUGCUCUGUGCAGUUGUAACAGAAGCGCAGAAACUUCCUGGCUUCCAGAAGAACCUGGAGGUGUCGUGUCAUGAGGACAUUCGGUAA